UGCACAGAGACGUGCGCGCACUCGCCACGCAAUUUGUGUGUGAGUGUGUGCACGAGACACAGAGAGAGAGAGUGAGAGAGAGCAUCAUCAUCACAACACCGGCUGACAGCUUCCUCUGCUCGGACACCGAGGAGGAGGACGACCGGGGGCUUGGAGGUUAAAUCCAGAAGAACCGGGGAGGAGGCCGAGCAGGAGCCGAGAGAGAGACGUGGGUUUGCAGCCGUGGUUGUUGCAGCGGCGGCGGCGGACGGACGGACGGACGCACGGACGGAUCCGUGGGGGAGUCGCUCGGUUUCCCGGUGCUUCACACACCCUGAGCCUCUGCAGCAGCAGCAGCAGCAGCGGGGAGCAGAGGAGGAGCAGCAGCGAGGAGCAGGAGGAGCAGGAGGACCAUGGAGGGGAUGCAGGCAUACGGAGCCGGGAAAGCCGGAGGAGCCUUCGACCCCGUCACCUUCUUCCAGCAGCCUCAGACCAUUCUCCGCAUAGUGUCUUGGCUCUUCUCCAUCGUGAUCUUUGGCUGCAUCGCCAACGAGGGCUACAUCAACCGCCCCAAUGAAGUAGUGGAGUACUGCAUCUUCAACCGCAACCAGAACGCCUGUAACUACGGCGUCUUCAUGGGCUCCAUGGCCUUCCUCUGCUGCAUGGCCUUCCUGGCUCUGGACGUGUACUUCCCCCAAAUCAGCAGCGUCAAAGACCGGAAGAGGGCCGUGCUGGCUGAUAUCGGGGUGUCAGCGUUCUGGUCCUUCAUGUGGUUUGUGGGUUUCUGCUUCCUGGCCAACCAGUGGCAGGUGACAAACCAUGACGACAACCCGCUGAGGGAGGGAGGUGACGCUGCCAGAGCAGCCAUCACCUUCUCCUUCUUCUCCAUCUUCACCUGGGCGGCCCAGUCCUUCCUGGGCUUCCAGAGGUACAAGCUGGGCGCCGACUCGGCUCUUUUCUCCCAGGAAUACAUCGACCCCAGCCAGGAUGCAGCCGGAGCCCCCUACACCUCCUUCGGUGGCGACGACCUGGAGAGUCCGGGGGGCGGAGGAGGAGGAGGGAGCCAGGCCAACAGCGACAGUGCAUUCGAUGGCACUGGAGGCUACCAGCGUCAGGACUACUGAGAUGUUAGGAUCUGGAUGACGUUGCCCAAAGUUUCUUAUUAAGAGAGAUUUAUAUUGUUUCUAUGGAUCAAUGUAGAACAGGCAAAAUACGUUGUUAACUUAUCCACCAGUUUGUUAUUUUGACCCAGUGUUAGACACAAAUUUAACAAAUGUAAUGUUAAAGAUUGUCGUUGAGAUGUGGCAUAGCCAAAGGAUACACCAACAAAUUGUAAUUAAUGAUAAUGAUUUAAUUUUAAAAAGGAAAAGAAUCAUAUUUUAGUAUGGUAAUAAAAUAGUAAUAUUGGGUCAGAACAGUGUAGCAUUGUGUUAGUUAUGACCCCGUGAUAUUAAUUAGAACAUGCAAAGAAUUAAACAUUGAUAUUUUUAAUUCUUAUCCAAAAUCUGCAAAUAAAUACAACACAACAAAGACUUUACAAAUAGAAGCAAUGACAGAAAAACCAUGAAAAACAUCAGAUAAAUAAAGAUUUAUGAAUCACCGGGGGGGGGGUGUAAGACAUUGUUGGAUAGAUCAUUCAAAUUAAAAUCUGAUUUAACACCUGAACCCAGUUCUGGCAACAUUAGUUUCAUACCAAUAUCAGAUCAGUUAUUGGACUUAAACAUCAGUUUCUGUGGGAAAAACUACAGAAUCUGUCUGUAGGUCAGAAAUCUUGGGCAACUUCUCAGAUCUUUGGGGAGGAUAAACUGGCGGUGGAAUAAAAGGUGUGAGUCUGUUUGUGUGGUGGUAGAGACGCUGGAGUUCGAUCGGACGUCUUAAGGAGGGUUGAGGGAUUUAGAAAGAAACGGUCACACUGCAGCAGAUCGAUGCUCGUGACCUCACUGCCUUCAUCUUCAGAGGUCCACAGUCAGUCAGCGAAAUGAUCAGUGUUAGUUGAAACACCCUCAAACAAACAUGUGCAAGCACAGGUCCACAGGCUUAUCGAUUAUAAACAGUUACAAGGUUCAGCUGACGAAACUCCUCAGAGGUGCAUUACAGGAUAUCAGCAUCGUGGUGUGACUGGCAACUAAUCCCCUCAGCUGUGAAACAGGAGUGUGUGUGUGUGUGUGUGUGUGUGUGUGUGUGAGUGUGUGAGUG